AUGUCAAGGAUUACCUCACGUGUACGGAGAAGAAGCUCAACCAUAACGAAACACAACCGGAGCGAUCUUUGGCUGAGCGAUAUGAGAGAUGGAACGCUAGGUCCUAGUGAUGGGCCCGGUUAUGCGACCUCAAUUCAAAGUUAUCAAUCGGCUCAAGGUCACCUCAGUCCAGGGUCUAGCCAGUACACAUAUGAAGCAAUGACGACCUCUGAACACCUACAUAAUGAGGAGGAAAUAUCGGCCACACCUGCACUAUCAGCCCUACCGAUUAUCAUCCGUACAUUUUUCGCCCCUGAAAAUGAUCGGGAAAGCAUACAUCGCUACCUGGACCGGCAGGGAAACGCGGCAAAGCUCCUUAAGGACGAGGGCAAUCUGUUUACGUGCACUAGGCUGCUCCUGAUGCUUUAUCGGAACCCAGAAAGCCCGGGAGACACGAUGCAGCUCCAUCGGGAUAUCUACGAUCUGUUCACGUGCGCCGUACCGCUCCUGAUCAUUUCGCAUUUGACGAAGGCCCUCCCGUCGGAGCUCUUUGAGGAGAACGAGCUCACGUCGGCGGAGAUCGUCAAUAUCUUGAAAAUGCAGGCAGUUAGUAUCGUGGGAGCUAUUAUAGGCAAGAGCUACGGCCUGACCAUGGUCUUCUCCCAUCUGCAGUAUGUACAGGGGGUUUUGAGGCCAUCCGCUGAUGGUGUUGAAGGGAGUCUUGUUGAUGGUUUUGAGAAAGCGAGAAUGUAUCUAUGA